GCGCCCCCGGCCAUGCGCGCCUUCGGGGCCGGCCUGAGCCUGCUGGCGGCGCUGGCGGCUUGCCUGGCCGUUCGCCCGCGGGCCGUCUACACCAACCACUGGGCCGUGCGGGUGCAGGGGGGGCCCGGCGAGGCGGACCGGCUGGCCGCCACCUACGGCUACCUGAACCUGGGACAGAUUGGAAGCUUGGAAGACUAUUACCACUUUCAUCACAGCAGGACAAUUAAGAGGUCAACCUUCAGCAGCCGAGGCCCCCACAACUUCCUUAGGAUGGAUCCAAAGGUAAAAUGGCUGCAGCAACAAGAAGUGAAACGAAGAGUCAAAAGACACGUUCGAAGCGACCACCAUUUUGUUUCCUUCAGUGACCCACUCUGGCCUGAAAUGUGGUACAUGCACUGUGAAGACAACGACAGCGAUUGCCGGUCAGAAAUGAAUGUUCUGGCUGCCUGGCGGAGAGGCUACACGGGUAGAGAUGUCGUGAUAACCAUUCUGGAUGAUGGCAUUGAGAAGCAGCACCCCGAUCUUAUACAAAACUAUGACCCUCGUGCAAGCUACGAUGUCAAUGGAGGCGACGAUGAUCCAUCCCCACGCUAUGACAACAGCAAUGAGAAUAAGCAUGGCACUCGUUGUGCUGGAGAAGUAGCAGCGGCAGCAAAUAACUCAAAUUGUGUGGUGGGCAUCGCAUACAAUGCAAGAAUUGGAGGUAUUCGCAUGUUAGACGGCGACGUCACAGACAUCGUCGAAGCAAGAGCGAUUGGCGUCCGCCCAGAGUACAUUCACAUCUAUAGCGCCAGCUGGGGGCCGGAUGAUGAUGGCCGGACAGUGGAUGGGCCCGGCCCUUUGGCCAAGCAGGCAUUUGAGGAGGGAAUUAAGAAGGGACGUAAAGGGCGGGGUUCUAUUUUUGUCUGGGCCUCUGGAAACGGCGGCAGAGAAGGCGACCACUGCUCCUGCGAUGGAUACACCAACAGCAUCUACACCGUCUCUGUCAGCAGUACCACAGAGAACGGUAACAAACCGUGGUACUUGGAGGAAUGCGCGUCCACCCUUGCGACGACCUACAGCAGUGGAGCUUUCUACGAGCGUCAGAUUGUUACCACGGAUCUGAGGAAGCGCUGCACAGACGGCCACACGGGGACCUCCGUGUCUGCCCCCAUGGUGGCAGGAAUCAUUGCUUUGGCGCUGGAGGCCAACCCCUUGCUAACCUGGCGAGACGUUCAGCACUUGCUUGUUAAAACAUCUAGACCAGUACAUCUCUUAGCCCCAGACUGGAAAACGAAUGGUGCCGGACGGAAAGUUAGCCAUCUGUAUGGUUUUGGCCUGGUGGAUGCUGAAGCGCUUGUUGUGGAAGCCAAAAAGUGGAAGACCGUCCCCACUCAACACGUUUGUGUUGGAGCAUCCAAUAAGCGACCUUGGUUCAUCCCUACCAACAAGACGGUGAGAACGACAACGGUCACCAGUGCCUGCGCUGACCACCGUGACCAUCACGUGGUCUACCUGGAGCAUGUCGUUGUGCGGAUUACUGUCGUGCACCCUCGGCGGGGAGACCUACAGAUCAACCUGACGUCUCCUUCUGGAACGAAGUCUCAGCUUCUAGCAAGGAGGCAACACGACAGUUCCAUCGAUGGCUUUAAGCACUGGGAAUUCAUGACCGUCCAUUGCUGGGGAGAGAAGGCGGCCGGAGAAUGGACCCUGGAAAUCCAGGAUAAGCCGUAUCGUGUUCGAAACCCAGAAAUGCUAGGGAAGUUAAAGGAAUGGAGUCUUAUUCUGUAUGGAACAGCUGAGCAUCCCUUCUCCAACGUCAGCACCCAUCACUCCGCCUCAAGGAUGCUGGAGGUUCCAUCGUCAGACAUGGAGUCUUCCAAAACCACUUUCUUCCAAGCUCAGCUGGAGGUGCCGGAGGAGGAGGAGGAGUACACAGGUCCGUGUCACACGGAAUGUGGCGACCAAGGAUGCGACGGCCCUAAUCCCGAUCAGUGCCUGAACUGUUUCCAUUAUAGUCUUGGAAGCAUUAAAACUGGCAGGAAGUGUGUGAAUACCUGUCCCCCCGGGUACUUCGGGGACAGCACACAACGGAAAUGCCGCAGGUGCCACAGAGGCUGUGAGUCGUGCCUCGGCAGGAGCCUGAAUAUGUGCACAGCUUGUAAGCGUGGCUUCUAUCUUCACCAGGAAACGAACACAUGUGUGACGCUGUGCCCAGCUGGAUUUUACUCGGAUGAUGGUCAGAAACGUUGUCAGAAGUGCCACCAAAACUGUAAGAAAUGCGAAGGAGAAAUGGACAGAUGCACUGUUUGCAAAGAAGGAUUCAGCCUCGUAGACAACAACUGCGUCACAGGAUGCAAGCCGGGCAUGAACCUGAUCAAGGAACCGAUACGAUGCGAGGGCUGCCACUCCAACUGCCGGACAUGUUCAGGGCCAAGCCGAGAGGAGUGUAUGCAGUGUGCCCGGAAUUUCCAUGCGUAUGACUGGAGAUGUGUCCCAGAGUGCGGCGAGGGCUUUUAUGCUGAAGAGGUAUAUGGUCUCCUGUACAGAGUUUGCAGAAGAUGUGAAGACAAUUGCGCAACUUGUGAAUUCUCUGGGAGAAGAUGCCUCAGGUGUAAAGAAGGCUUCAGCUUGCUGAGUGGCUCAUGCGUCGCCAGCGACAGAUGCCACAAUGCCGACGACACUUUCUGCGAGAUGGUGAAAUCCAACAAACUGUGCGAACGCAAACCGUUUAUACAGUUUUGCUGUCGGACAUGUCUCUUGGCUGGCUGAGCCGCGCCUUUAGUAUCUGCCGUCUGGAGGCCUUGUCGUGCCAAAUCCCUCGGACAAAGUUUUCCCUUUUCCCCCUCAGCCUCGGGGAGCUUCGCCCGAUGCUGGCUUGAAGCUUCAAGCUUGCGACUCAGAUGGCUUCAGUCUCUCCUGUCUGUUGGUUCCUCCAGUGUCGCAUCUGAUACCCCCAACUCUAGAUAGCUUGAUUGCCUAUUUAUUGGGUCUUUUUAAAAAUUGCAAAUGCCAACACGAGUCCUUCACAGAUGUGCCCUGCUUAUGGAGAACGACACACGGCCUGUACUCACAGCGUUGUUUGUGAAAGCGACCAUUGCAAAUUAUACUUUCAAGCAGCCACAUGGGAAAACCCCUGCAGAGUUAAGUUCUUUUUUUUUUUUCAUCUUGGAGAAGAAACGGGCAUCUCUGCUCCCCUGGCUCCCACCAAUCAAAUAUUGCAACCUUUUAGGCAAGCACAGGAUCGCAGCAUCCUACUCCAGUGCAAUACAGGGACUGCAACACAGCACAUCUCUGCAAAAGAAACACAUUCCAGGCUGCCUGUCAGUAGCAAGCUGGCCAGGGGAAGUUCGGAGUUUGCCAACAACCAAAGAGGCAAUCUAGAGCUGGCAGCUCUGAGUCUUCCUGCUCCCUGCAGGCCAUCCUGAACAACCAGGCCCCUGAAUGGUCAAUCCAGAGCAGGUUUGCCAGUGUGGACCCUGAAGGAUUGAAGCCUUCCCUGUAAAACGGCUCGCGAUGGGCUCAGCUCCCGACAGCAAAAUUAAGCUAGAAGAUUUCCUUCCCUGCCACAAAAGGUGGCCUUCCGCAAAGAUUUGCACCACGUCGCUUCCACCACCACCACCCCUGCCAGCUUCGAUUGAUGUCUUCAUUGGGUCCGGCCAGUGGUAACUUGCUGACAACCGCCCCUUCCUGUCCAGUGAUGACUCAGUGACCUCCUACGCAAAUCCUUUCCAAGAGAGAUUCCGUUCAGCCAACCAGGAGGCAAAGAAAUCCACCAGUUCUCCGGAAGAGUCGCGUACAACACAUCCGAAUGUAUUCACUAUAAUAUAUACAGUAUAUAGUAUAUUAUAUGUGUGUGUGUAUGUAUGUGUAUAUAUACACACACUGUGUACUAUAUGUAGUAUGUCCUGUGCUGUUUAUGUAAUUGUGUCGAAAUAGAUUUGGCUUACUGAUUUUUUAAAAGAAAGAUAACUUAUACAGUUCCUUGCCUUCCUUCACAGAAUUUUUUAAAAUAAUUUUUAUGGGGUGAUUCUUUAAGAAUCACUUUGUUUUCUAAUGACAUCCUUGUAAUGUCAACGACAACGUUCCUUCGCUACCCCUCCUCAGACAAAGACAGCGAUGUGUCUUCCCCCCCCCCCCUCCUUGUAGCUUCAGCUCUAAUUCACAUUGUCGGCCGUUUUAAUAAGUUAAACCUUCAGCCCAUGAAAUUGGCAGUAAAAAAUGUUAAUUAGCUCUUUUACAAAGUGCAUUUUCUAAAUCUAUUCCCUCCUUUCUCCUGCUACUGCCACCCCGGCUGAAAGUAACCGACAUGUUUGUACUGCUUUCGACCCAGACUUGGCCAGAUGAAUAGUGAAAGGAGUCUUUUUGAUGUGAAACGGAUCAAUGGCCAAAAAAAGAGUUGAUAGAGUGACCCAACAUGAAUAAAAUGUUUAUAGGCCCAAUGGAUUACUCUGUAUGUUUUUUUAAAGCUGCCAAAGUAAAUGGCUUUAUUUUAUUACGAGGAA